AUGGCAAGGAAUGGGGGAAACAAGGUAGAUCAUGCAGCAAAGAAGCACACAGGUUUGCUUAAACUAGUGCAGAUGUUGUCAUAUUUGGUUGUCUAUGUUUCAUGUUCGAUUUUAGGCUUAGCAACUGGUUCUCUGGUCAACCGGUACAUCACUUUACAAGGACAACUAUUUUUCACAGACAACAAUAAAUCAUCAACAACAUCCUGUCAUAAUUGCACGAUCCUGAAACCUAGUGAUCAGGGUGCUGUUUCUUCGAGUAUGGAGUUAUCUUUUCGUCGAAAAAGCUUGACUCACAGUAUGAAUGAUGAACAACUCUUCUGGACUGCCUCUUUGGUGCCAUAUAAGGAAGAAUAUCCCUUCGAUAGAGUGCCUAAAGUGGCUUUCAUGUUCUUGACUCGAGGGCCUUUGCCUUUGCUGCCAUUGUGGGAGAGGUUCUUUAUGGGUUAUGAGAAGCUUUACUCUAUUUAUGUCCAUCCGCAUCCGAAGUACAAGAUGAAGGUAUCUAAAGACUCUCCCUUCUAUGGAAGGCAGAUCCCAAGUCAGGAGGUGAAAUGGGGGCAUAUGUCAGCGAUUGAUGCUGAGAAACGCCUUCUAGCCAAUGCUCUUCUGGACUUCUCAAAUGAGUGGUUUGUUCUUCUGUCCGAGAGCUGCAUCCCAGUCUACAAGUUCACUAAAACGUAUGCAUAUCUCAUCCGAUCAGAGUACAGCUUUGUGGAGUCCUUCGACGAGCUUUCCUUCGAUGGCCGCGGCCGCUACUUCCAUCAAAUGCUUCCUGAGAUUCAGCCCCAUCAAUGGAGGAAAGGUUCUCAAUGGUUUGCGAUCCAACGAGACCUUGCUAUUUACAUCGUCUCCGAAACCAAGUACCAUUCUGUGUUUAAGAAACUUUGUUAUGAAGAAUUGUUUUGCCUUCCUGAAGAGCAUUACAUUCCAACUUAUCUGAGCAUGUUCCAUGGAUCACUCAUUGCAAACCGGACUCUGACUUUGGCUGACUGGUCAGUAUACAGCUCUCAUCCCACAAAAUACGGCAGAUUUAAUGUUACAGAAAGUUUGAUAAAUUCUAUCAGGAAUAACGGGACAUUAUGUUCUUAUAACUCAGACAUGAUGAAUCUUUGUUACCUCUUUGCCCGGAAGUUUGCUCCAAGUGCCUUGAAGCCCUUGCUAAAAAUUGCUGCCAAGAUCAUGCAGUACUGA